AUGUUUUGCAGCGUCUACAACCGAGCACAGUUGGGAUCACGCAGUCCCCAUCCUGGAAGGCGAGUAGCACCGACAGCACCAAAGCCUUUCGUACUCUCUUUCAUGCCCCUCUGCCAGCUCAAGGGCAAACUAAUCGUCCGUGCCCUUCCUUGGUUAGCAAAAUCACGACGAUUUAGCUACUCCAUGCCGAACGCGCUCAAUAUGGCUUUCGAUUUCCCCCUAUUCCUCCACACUUAUUUAGUCGGAAUGACAGCGGUUUUUUAUUUCCUGAUGCGAUACAUGUAUGGUCAACGCCGUCGCGUCCUCGGUCCACGUCCUCGAGUUGGGGCUGAUCAGAUGGGCUUUUUCUCCUAUAUUCCGUUCCUUCGGUCCAUGGUCGGUUCAAAAUCGUCCGCGUCGCCAAAACCACGCUUUUCUACUGGAUCUGAGAGCGGUACGGACAAUUCUAGGGUGAUAGAAGUUUAUGAAUCUACUUCAAGAAUGCCUAGUAUUGGAACAGCUGAGAAAUGUAGGUCCCACUCUCCUUUGGCGGUCGUCGUGAACGAUGGCAGAACGACAAUCAGCCUUAAGGCCGAGCAUUCUGCUUUUGUCUUCACACUAAACUCACUUGAUAGAAGGUGGGUCUUGCAUUCUUUGGUGGAUAUAAAACGACGAUUCACCGGUCUUCGUAAUCAGCAAUCGAACGAUGCCACGGAUAUUUGGUACAGCAAGGAUUUGUUCUGUCUGGUUGUAUCACCUCAGCCUGCACGGUGUCGUCCUCUGGUCUGUAUGAAGCAGGCCCAAUUAAAGCCAACUUGGAUAAUCGUUUUCCUGUAUCCCCCUUCGGUGCACAGCUGCCAUGCAACCCGAAGGAAGCAUGAGGACGAGGAGACUGCCAGGUUGUCCAAGCCUAGACAGGGGAAGUCGAGAUGCAUAGGUCGGGUUCGAACUACGGACCUUCCGGUCGGUAAAUUCGAGCUGUAG